AUGUCGCAAGACAACGGGCACAUAGUCGCGCAUGGCAAGAACUCACCCGUCAAUAAACGCAACAACAACCGUGAAGCCAGGAUCGAACUUCCUUUUCACAUGCGCAACCGCUUUCUCCAAGAAACAUCGCACUUGCCUCUCAAAGUCUUCCGCCACCUCGAAUCCUACAUCAAACCUACCAGUCCACCUACGACAUCACUCGCGAAGAAGAAGCCCGUCACAUCCAAUCCUCCACCGGCCACUAGCACUACCAUCAACAUGGAGCUACGCCCAGAUCUCUACGCCGAAGCCGAGAUCCUCAAAGCAGACCACGAACACGACCCCCAGCGCGAGUCGUCAUCAGCCGCCGCAUCACGAGCACAGUCCAAUGCGAAACAUUCCUCAAGUCCCAGCUCAAAAUAUAGCAGCGACCUCGUCCAGAGCCCUGUGACCGACCCCGAUGAUGCCCCAGGCCCCAGGCCCGAACCCUUCGUCUACAAGGCCAACCCCACCGCGGCCAUCUGCAGACUGCAUGAGUUUUCGUAUUCUUCGCAGUACACCCGACCGGCGAGUGAGUUGUUGCAGGAGAUUUUGGAGGUGCGGUAUCCUUUGGAGAGGGAGGGGGAUGAUGAGGAGAGAGCUCUGCUAGGCGGGGUGAGGAGUCGGAGUAGUAGUAGGGAGAGGUCGAGUGGGUGGUGGCGGAAGUUGACGGGGGCUUUGUGGGCGGAUUGA